AUUGUGAGUAAAUAGCGAGACAGGAAACUUUUGUCUUCAGUGUAGUAUAGUAUUUUCAGACUGGAAGAUUGCUAUUGAAAAAUACUCUUCCAUUUACAACAAAAUAACCAAAAUGGCACUCAUAAAUCCAGCUAUUCUUCUAGAUCCGCCAUGCGAACCCGGCUGUCCAAGAAAACGGAGACGUUUAGAUAAUUUAACUCCUGAAGAGCGUGCGCUUCGAAGGUUUGUAAGAAUGUCGCAAUAACACUAUGAAUUCCUUUUGUUAAUUUUGUUAUUUUCUAAUCGCCGUUUGGAAUGUUGCAACGCUUGCUCUAAUAGAAUGUUUCACUAAUAUUUGAUAUAGAAAAUUGAAGAAUCGCGUCGCUGCUCAGACGGCGAGGGACAGAAAGAAGGCUCGAAUGACUGAACUAGAAGAAUCGUUGGCACUUUUUGAAGAACAGGUUAUUAUCCGAUGCAAAAUUAUAGUUUAAAUUCCUUUAACUUCAGGGUUUUCGGCUUGCAAAAAGACAACAUUGAAUAGCUAGUUGGAAUGUUAUUCUUGUUAGGAUAGAAAGGGAAACCGCUUGCAAUAUAUGAGUGUAGCAACAGCCAACAAUAAAGCUUCUUUAUGAGGCUCAGGUUAACAUCAAACGAAACUAUUUUAAAUACUGACAUUUAGACUUAGAAAAGACGUAUUCAUUAAACAGUCUCCUAGAAUGCUAGUCUGUUUAGAAUAGAUAAGAGGAACCUUGACAAUAUGAACCUCUAAUAUUAAAAGGAUAACUUCGAUCACAUUAUUAUGAAGAUGUCAAUCCAUAGUUAUUAUAAUAGUGAGAGAUUAAACUACUCUACUUUAAAUACUGAAAGAACCACAAUAUUCUAUAACAAAUUGGAAUGCUACUCUCGUUAGAAAAAGCGGAACCUUUUCUUAGUAUUUGCUUCUAGCAACAACUUAACAAAGCUGCUUUAUAUAAUCGUAACAAAACAGAGGCCUUUUAUUAGCCAUUUAUAAUCUCCUACUAUAAAUGUAUAUUAAUAUUUGUUAGUGGCACUCUAUACACUUCCUUUAAUUAAAAUCGAAAGAGACUUUGGACAGAAACGAACCAUUUGGUAUUUAGAAGGCGUAUUUAGUGUACAUUUUUGAACCAGUUAUGAAAAAGAUCGCAACCCGAAAUGGAACAAUUGGAACCUGUAGACUGAAUAGCGCAUUUGAAUACCAUUUAAAUUGUUCCAGCUGUGUUUUGUCCGAAUCUUUUCAAAAUCAACAUUUCAUCAAAUUGUUCCGUUUGCCCUGGAAACGCUAAGAUGUGGGCUGGUUUAUCAAGUGGCUUGCAUUCUUUCAUUUGACGUACGUUGUCUAGUAGCAACGGAAAUAUUCCAGUGGCACUUAGCCUAUCUAAUAUUGGCCAUGCAUAGAAAGAGACCAGCCUAAUGAUAAGAAUUAAUAAUUUACAUCACAACUGUAUUAUCUUUUGGGUAAAGAGAUAUAAAGCAAUCGGUCUGCAUACCAAGUCACACAUGAUCGGCUGAUGACUUUUUAUUCGAAUUAUUAUUCUUGCCAAUUGACCAUUACGAUCCUUUAAAAAGGUUUUCAUGGAUUGAAAUUUCGAAUGAAAAACUAUGUACUAAUUUAAGAACUAAUUUGCGACUAACAUGUAUUGGUAAUGUUCCAUAAUAUCAAGUCGUAAAACCAAGUUUUCUAUACGCUUAUGUCUUAACUGUGUUACAUCAGCUUUGUAUUUGCUCUGCCCCCACAAAAGCAUAAAUUUAUAAACCGAAUUCUAAACACCUACACAAUACAUAUUUGUCUUUAAUUGCAGAAUAAAAAAUUAAUGAAAGAAAACAAGGAUUUAAAAGUACGUGCAUCGACACUGGAAACAGAAAACACGGAUCUCAAGUCACGUCUGGGACUCACACCGCCAUCAUCACCCACAUCAAGCGAGGACACUACACCCUCCCCCCUACCCUCCCCACCUCACUCCCCCUGUCUGGAUGAACCAACAGGAAUUGUGGUGAAGCAAGAAAAGGAAUCAUCUGAGUAUGCAGAACUCAACGUUUCUCAGCAGAAGGAACACUCUCCGAUUCCCUUUCUUUCUCUACUCACGACUACUGUGCUUCUCCAUCUCCUAAGGUAGUGUAUACCGAAUUGCUUAGUUUUAUACUUUUAUUUUUUUGGAGGUAGUCAAUCUUCGAAUGGAGUUUAGUCUAGGCUAGCCUGUGCUGCACAGGCUGUCAAAACUGAUAAGGCUUAGGGGCGGUUUACUUAUCCUGCUUUGUCGGGACGAGAUGUGAGGCGGAAUGAUUUUCGAUCAUGUAUUGAAAUAAGUUUAUGCAGUGAAAUCAGUAAAAGUGUAAAACUACAUCAUUUUUCUCGCGUGGUAGAUUUUAGUAUAGUGAAAACGAAAGGUUGUUCAAGACUUCAAGCAGCAAUAAUAAUCUUCUUGAAGCGCGAGAUAUUCUCGACAACAUUUGUGUUCUUUUACCGGCGCUUGAUAAAAACAUAAAGGAGGUCAAGAAGAAACGACGUUUUUGUCAAGACGAACGUCAGAUUGCCGAUGUCAGUUUGUGGCAAUCUUCAACAUAUAUGACAAAACAUAAAAUUUUUAUUAUUAAAGUUUUUAAUAAUAGGAGAGGACUCUUACUGGAUCAUAGAUAUAUGGCUUAAUUAAGCUCACUAGCUAUAGUCUGUGUAACUUUCGAUGAAGGUCUAACUGCAAGGUCAGACUGUUUGUUUCAUCAUACAGGAAGCUAGCAGUGCCAGUGGGCAGUAGAAAUUUGAUAUUACUGUAAAUAUCACAGGAAGUUAUUAAUUAUCAAAAAUGAUAAUUAAAAGUUCCUUUUCAUAACACAAGUAAACGGACGUUCAAAGUCCCAAAGACAUGAAAAGGAACACGUAUAGGCUAUUUUUAAGCACAAAUUGGGUCUGUCCUUCUGUUUAGUAACAUGGUACAACCACUCAACAAGCAUUUGACUUUGUACUUUGAAAUGUUUACACUGCUUCGACGCGCACUGAUCCAUUUAAAUGACGAUUAUUUUCCGACCUUCACACUAAAAUGGAAUGUGUCAUACAAGGCCGGUGAAAUGACAAUGUUUUUAAAAGCACUUAGAGAUUUGAGGAAAAUUCUGAAACGAUUAUGUAAAGACUAAAGUCCUUAUUAGUUCAUUCUUUGCCAACAGAAAGAGAUUAUUACUCAAUGCCUUAAGUCUGUUAAGAGUUAAGUAAGGCUGGUUUAAUUUACCCUAUCAAAGUUUCUUGUGAUCACAGACACAGUAUGAUAUUUGCAUGGGUAAAGUCUAAGUUUUGAAGGAUUUUAAUAUGAGAAAGGUUUGUGGAAACUGACUCGGUGUUUACCGUACACUAAGUCAGUUUCCACAAACAUUUCCUACAAAUUCUUCAAAACUUAGAAUUUUACUUAUUGUAAAAGGCUUUAGAUAUUGAAGCAUGUACAAUUUAAAGUUACGCAAAGUCAUUAUUUUUUUCUCCAUUUCAGUCUGAUGAGCUACUCAGCUUUCUUGAAGAUUACAAGCCAUGCAACCCAGACGAGUUCAUCAGCAUCAAACAAGAGCAAGAAGAUGUUCUCGUCGUCUGUGCAGGAGAGCCAGAAAUCUCUGAGCUCAAACAAGAACGACGAGAAACAAAACUUCCAGAAGAAAUGGGGAAAGACCCAAAAUGCUUGGAAUCCACCGGCGGAGAAUUUAUGACCACGGUUGAACUUGACAAAGCAAUUGAAAAUUACGCAGCUGGGCCAAGUAUGAAUGAGAGUAUGUGGUGGGAAGAGUCGUUCCCGGAAUUAUUUCCUACACUAGCGUGAGGACAGCACUGUAUACUAAAUUAUUAUUGGUGGAGAAUGAACGUUGUUUACUGAGACAGAAUUUCAUUGGCUGACAAGCUCUGAUGACGAAUUUCAUUGGUUACCAAGCUCAAACAAUUUCAUUGGUUGGUAACCUUUAAAAUAUGAAUUUCAUUGGUUGGCAAGAUAAGAGAGAACUUCCACGGUUGACAAGCUGAGAACUUGAAAAUUACUGCUAACCAAUCGCAGAAGACAUGUUCUUGAACUAAAUUAUUAUGCAAUGAAAUUGCUGUUGUACAAAGACCAGGAAAUAUAUGCAAGAUGCGAAUUAUGGAUCAAACAUGAUUGUAUAUAUGGUCAUCCCAUGACUGUAUCAAAUUGACUGUACACUAGUACAUUGUUCAGGUACUAAAUGCUGUUCUCCAAUUCAACCUGGUAUCACCAAGCAGAUCAGAAAACUUAUUUUUACUGCUUGAAUGGGUUGGACAAGAGAAUCCGUAGUUUGGUGCCUUUGGACACUUGAAAUAAUAGCACUACAUACAUUACACAAUCAAAUAUACAUAAAAAUUUUAAAAAGACGCAAUCCUGUAUCCUAGCAACUGAACUUGCAUCGAAUUGUUGUAAAUAAGAAUUAUUGGUGAUGCCACCAUCACCAUGGAGACACUAUGUAUGAUGUCAUUGUAGGUAAACUGUAAUUCCCUGCACCAUAUACCCACCCGAUGUGCAGGUUAUACUAGUGUAGGAAAUAAUUGUAAUGAAUUGUAGUAAUUUAAUAGAAAUACAUACUUGGCCUAGUUGU